AAGAGUUGGUUUGAGAAUUCGAGAGAGUGCUCCACUUCCACAGUCGGUCAAAACCCGCUCUCCUUCCCCCCCGCACGCGCAACCCCCUACCUCCCUCCUCUAUCUCUCUGUGAGGAACUUUCCCUCUUUGUCUUGACCAUGGGAACGUACGUGACGCCCUUUUUGCUUGCAUUUCUUGGAAUGCAGCUUCCUCUACUAAUAAUGGCAGAUUGCCCCUUAGAUUUGAGUGGAUCUAAUUUCACUGUGGUGGCCUCAGUCUGCUCAAAUGAAGAUGACAGGGGAAAGUGUUGUCGCUACAUCAAUGCUUUUGUCUCGGUUUCUAUUGCACGCUAUGCAAAUGCCACGGGCAACCUAGGGGUUACUACAAAUUUAUCUGAAAUCUGCAAGCGCUCCAUAUCUGAAACCUUGGGACUGUAUGGUGUUCCACGAAAUGCAACAGCAUUUUGUGGGUUUGGAACAAAAAUCCCAGUUAAUUAUGAGUGCAAGGGUCGGAAAACUGUCACCCAGAUGCUGCAGUCUCCAAAAUUUGUGGAUGUUAAUGAAAAUUGCAAAAUGCCACUUUCGGAUGAAACUAAUUGCAGGAAAUGUUUAAAUGCUGGCAUCAUGUAUCUUCAUCAUCUGGUAGGAGCAGAAGAUAAUAUGACGCUGAGUACAUGCCGCGAUGCAAUUUUUGCUGCAAUUGGAAGCCAAGUUGAUGGCAUUUCAGUGGUUGAAAUUGCAAGCUGUUUCUUUGGAGUUCAAGGUCUUGGCAUGCUUCGAGAGCCAUCCCCGUCUCCACUCACGCCUGACACUUCUCCUAGUCCAUUGGUUGCUGUAAGCCCAAGCCAACUAAUGUUGGGCAUACCCAUAACCAAAAAGCACCGCCCCUAUCACCUGACAUUAAUUCCAGGUGUUGGACUUGCAAUUACAGCAGUUGCUGUUAUGAUUAUGGUUGUCUUGGUAUUUCUUAUUCGUAGCAAGAAUAGAGAGCUGGAGGAUUCUGAAAGUAUAGAUAAGACAUUUUCAAAGUCUUUUCCUCCUCCUUGGCCUAUGUGGAAAUUUCCAGAAGGUGUAGGUCCUUUGUCCAUGUUCCGGAAAUUCAGCUAUAAGGAGAUAAAGAAGGCAACAGACAGUUUCAACACCAUCAUUGGGCAAGGAGGAUUUGGAACAGUGUACAAGGCUCAAUUUAGUGAUGGCUUAGAGGCAGCAGUAAAACGCAUGGACAAAGUUUCAGAGCAGGGGGAGGAUGACUUCUGCAGAGAGAUUGAGCUUCUUGCUAGACUGCAUCAUCGUCAUCUUGUUUCUCUUAGGGGCUUUUGCAUAGCAAAACAUGAGAGGUUUCUCAUGUACGAGUAUAUGGCAAAUGGAAGCUUAAAGGAUCAUCUUCAUGCCCCUGGAAGAACCCCUCUCAACUGGCGGACUAGAGUGCAGAUUGCAAUAGACGUUGCUAAUGCUCUGGAGUACCUCCAUUUUUACUGUGAUCCUCCUCUAUGCCACAGAGAUAUUAAGUCCAGCAACAUUUUACUGGAUGAGAACUUUGUAGCUAAGGUUGCAGAUUUUGGCCUUGCACAUGCUUCAAAAGAUGGUUCUAUUUGCUUUGAACCAGUAAAUACUGAUAUCCGAGGAACUCCAGGUUAUAUGGAUCCUGAAUAUGUUGUCACUCAAGAACUCACUGAGAAAAGCGAUGUUUACAGCUACGGUGUGUUACUCUUGGAGAUAGUGACUGCUAGACGAGCAAUACAGGACAACAAGAAUCUAGUGGAAUGGUCCCAAAAAUACGUGACGUCAGAAUCAAGUUUACCUGAGCUUGUGGAUCCUAGUAUCAGGGAUUCUUUUGACCUGGACCAACUUCAAACAGUAGUCUUUAUUGUGAGAUGGUGUACCCAGAAAGAAGGUCACACUAGGCCGUCAAUUAAACAGGUUCUUAGGCUUCUGUACGAGAGCUCUGAACCAAUGCAAAAUGGGCUUUUAGAAGCACUCGAAGAUGAAGAGUAUGAAGGAAUGGAAAGGAGAGGAAGGACAAGCAAGGGCAAAAUACAGAGGCACGAGGCAAUUUUUCACAGUGGAGAUGGAAGAUAUCUUGCGUCUUCCUCAAGUACCUCUAGGUCAUAUUGCAGUAGGAGCUUUUUACUUGAAACUGGCUCUCCUCAGUCGCCGCACAAUAUACUUUCUGUUUGAUGCCUAUAAUCUGGGUAGAGGCAGUCCCACAUGCAUUGGAUAAGUGGUGCUUGAAUUAGGUUGAGCGAAUGCUAAGUUUCCAUCCACACGAAGUAAAAGUUUUCAUCUUUUGGAGACAUGUCAGAGACAUCAAGAUUAUAACUGGAUUUAGUUAAAGGUAAAAUGGAAAUUGUAAGAUUGGUUACAUUAUAUGGUUUUGUUUUAUGUUUACGAAAAUCUGGAAGAAACAAAUAUAAUGCUUCUCUCUUAUUUCUGUACCAUAGGGCCUGAAAUUGUAACAAACAUCAGUCAUUAGGCCAAUUUUUGACUAAAGAUGCCUGAAGAUUGAGGUGUUGUCUUAAAUUGAUGCUGUUAUCAUCGAGUUUUCAAUAUGGAUAUGCUUGCAACUUGCAGUUUAAAGGACAAGUUUGCAACUUGGAUGUUCCUUGAAAAUGACUUCAGUAUGCAGCAGCGGAGAAAACACAGAUUUGGUUUUCCUUGUAAAAAAUACGUACUUGCUCAUCUGACUUACUUUUGCAUGGCUUUGUAUGUUGACCAAUAAGGAGCAAUGUAUAGUUAAUUUCCGUUCAA